GCGGCGGCGGAGGCGGAGGCGAGCGACGACGCGUGCCAUGGCGCUCUGCCGUGUGGGUUCUCGGCUCGCUGGAGUCGCGGCGAGGAGUCUUCUCACCGGCUCCCAUGCUGCCAAGGGCGGCGCUGACAUCCCCAUCGCCGGCCUCCGCGCUCACCUGCCCAACACCUCUGGUCUCCUGCGUCCCAAGGGCGUCGGCCACUACUCUCAGGAAAGGUUCUCCCACACCAAGCCGGCACCCACACUGGUCAUGGUGGUGGUGCAUGAAGACCCAGAUCUCGCGCGUGUCUAUGCGGAGAGGUAACCACCCUCUUUCGUUUCAUUCCUUUGUGCUCUGAUGGAUCCCGUAGAAAAUCAUGUAUCUGUUCUGCAGCCUGUCUAAGGCUGCCAGGGACCAAAUCCUUGUCCUGCACAAGGUGCACCUUGCCCCACCUGCAUCCGAAGUUAACCCUGAGUCCACCGAUGUCAAUCCUGAUGCUGACUCUAAGCUUGACUUGCCGAAAGAGUGCCCCGGGGACCCACACGUUGUUUCCUUUGUCGUGGAUGGGCUUUCUGGACUUACUGAAGCUGAGAUUGAGAUGCUGUUUGACAAUAAAAUGAGGACUGUGGUGAGGGACGGCAAGGAUCCAUGUGUCGCGGCAAUCGAGCAGAUGGGCAGGAAUUUGGACUCUGC